AUGAAGCCCCUCUGUUGGAUGUUAUCUCCCUGGUGGUGGCUGCUGUUCCAAACAGUGGUAGUGUUUGCUCAACAACAAGAACAACAAGACUCAUCAUCGUCACAACAACAACAACAACAGAGCAUUCCCAUUUUUGGUCCGCAACGCAACACGAGUCGUCUGUGUGACAUUUACGUGGCACCAUCGCCGGACCGUGGUGGCUGGGGUGUCUUUGCCGCCCGCGAUUUUGAAGCGGGCGAAGUAGUGGAAGUGGCGCCCCGCUAUGUCCCACUCAAAACACAACAAAUGAUGGCUUCGAAUGAAUUGCACGAUUUUCAUUACGAUUUUCAAUUUCCUCGCGAUCCCGACGAUUUCUCGUUUGGUGUUGCCAUUUUUGGCAUGUCCAUGUUUUACAAUCACGGUGUCGGUGACGAACAGAAUGUGUUCUAUACCAGUUUUGGACAUGAACCCGACAAGAACAUGCCGUGGGCGUCGUUGGCGGUAGGAUUUGUGGCACUGCGCGACAUUCAACGAGGUCAAGAAUUAUUGUCGUCAUACGGCGACGAGUGGUUUGACGAACGGGGUAUGGAAAUGAUCCAACGACAACAGGAAGAAGAAGUUAUUCCCGGUCACGGUCGAUUGUUGCAAUUGGAAGAUCGACAUUGCAGUCGCAUCGUUUCUGGGCUGGGACAAUCCACGUGGUGGAAUCGCGUCUUGGCAUCGCACGAAUUGGUGCAUGGACCAGAAUCGCUACCAAAAUUCAACAUGGAAGCGAUGCUGCCAUUACAAGAUCAUCCCACGGCCGUGGCCAAACAAUUCAUUCGAGAAGGAUACAUGAUUGAUAAAGGACCGGCAUUGGUCGUACCCGUGGCCGAUUUUGAACACUCGCCGCUCUCGCCCAUGCUCAUUCGAUGGACCGAUUUGACCAAUCCACAAACACACGAUAUUCUUUCACUGCGAGAAAUGUAUUAUGCCUACAAAUUAAAGGGCAAGAAGAAUAGUACGGAUGACGAAGAAACAGAAAAUACAACAACAAUACGUCAAGAUCAACUCCAUCACGAUGUGCUCGAAUUCUUUGACGAAUCGGCCAUUCUACCCGCUUCCGGACACAUUGGUCUUGUCCUCCGAGUGGGCCCGGACGAAGAACACCAACGCUUUGGGGAGAAUUUCAAUUGCCGCAUGGAAAUUGAUCCACAAAUUCGAGAUUUAAAACAAAUGGAUCAUAACAGUGCCGGAAUCGUCUUGAAAUUGUAUGCCACCAAGGAUAUUCAUCCCGGACAAGAACUACGAUUGCAUUUACCAGAUACCAGUUCCUGGCAUGCCAAAAUGAGUCUCAUGCAACACUUGGCAUUGACGGGACAGCCGAUUCCACCCCAUAUUGUCAAUCCGUACAAUCCCGACACCGCAUUUGCCGCAACAACUGGUGGUAAUGAUGAAGAAGAACAAGAACUGUAG